UUCAGAAGCCCAACCAAAAGUAAUCUUGCACCGCACGGAAAUCUACUACCGAACGUUUAAGCAAUGUUUAUUUCCUCAGCAAAAUUUCAGACGGAACACUUCCGUGGAAGCCUGUUACAACUCUUUGACAAACGAUUCAUUCCCUCUUCUCCAAGAAUCUACCGAACCCCACACCUCUUUUAACUACCAAACUCUCGUCUCAAGCUGAGACAAGUACAGCCAUAAGAUUUCCCGUCAAAACAAAGUUCUCCCAGAACUGAAAAAAGAACCUAUUAUGGCUAAUCCCGAGGACCCAACUGACUCUUCCUUCUCCUUCUCUGAAUUCCCAGAAGACAUCCAGCUUUGCAUUCUCUCCUUCCUGUCCCCAUCGGAGAUCGCCAAUUUCGCUUGCACCUCUAAACGCUUCGUUUCGCUCUUUCGAAACGACGCUAAGCUCUGGUUCGCUAUGUGCCAACGCCGGUGGGGCUCCAAGACCCAGAUCAAGAAAUGGGGCGGCGGCAAUAUCACCUACAAGCACCUUUACAGGACCCUAACCGAGUGGGAGAAUCUUAUCGGCUUCUGGCGCCUUUGCAGUCGACCUGACUUCUCCGGUCAAUGUCCGCGGUUGAUCAUUUUCGAGUGGGGUCCAUCGUUCCUUUCCGGUUCUAGGGUUUGUCCUUCCAAAAACAGCACCUAUCAUGUCACGAAAGCCCCGUUUUUGUGGAUGGGGAUAUCCCCAGACGGUCAAAUCGUAAAUUUUCUCGAUCUAGAAGGGCAAACUGAGAUUCCAUACGGGAAUUUCGAUAGUUGGUUGGAAUUUGUCUGUUUGGACCAAAAUCUUGUUCCAGUCAAUGUCAAUUUCAUGGGUAACGAUCAUUUUAUAGUUGAAGAAAAUUCAACCUUUUGGCAUAGAAGUAAAAAUAAAGAUGGGUUUAGGAGGAGUUCAAGUUCAACGAAUUUGAUAGAAGACAGUGAGGAAGUUAUUGUUGUAGGAGCUGAAAGUGGGACCCCCGGGAGCUUACCGGACCGGUUGGUAUCGGAAAUGUAUACACAUUUCGCGAAUAGGACGAGUCCGGGUGGGGAUAGAGCGUCGAGGAGGCCGAGGAAGAAGGAGAAGGAAAGGCAAGCGAGGCGGAAAUGGGAGCCUGAGCAUUUUCUUAAAGUUGUUGAUUGCUUGCCUACUGCAGAUAAGCCCUUGCAGGGUCUUUGGAAGGGAGUUUCUGGUGACAUGAACUUGGAUUUUUAUCUUGUUAAAUAUGAUGAAAUUGGGGGCAUAAUCUGCCAGAGGGUUGGGGAUUUGUCCUCCUCCUAUGCUCCUCCAGUGUUUUGGACAUCAGAACCAAUGUUCAUGGAGUCACCAUUUUCUCUAGAGGAAGAACAUAUCUAUGAUGAUCGCAUACAUCUUAAGCCACUUGCAGCUGAGGAUCGAGUUCAUAGUCAACAUGCUGUGACAGGCAUUGAGAUGGUAUCCCAUAUUCUGCAUAUCAACUCAAGCUACAAUUUAACAGUUCCAGGCUUGGUAGGAUCUACUGGUCUCCAGCGUGGAGAAGGAAGGAUUUGGCAGUACAGGAAUGGAACAUUUGGAUUUGGGUUUCUUCAGGACCAUUUUAUUAUAGACUUGAACCAUAUCAGCCACGAUGGUUUUCUUCUUGAUUCAAUGAAUUUGUUAUAACGAUAGUUUACAUCAUGGGUGAUCAUUUAUGUACAGAUUGAUUUCUAACUUGGUGUCACGCUUGUGCUGGCAAUUCACAUUAUUUGUUGAAUAAUAAUUACAUCUUUGUAGCGGUGUGAUGCUUUGAUUC